ACUGUGUAGUAGAUGUAAACAGCUACAUCAAACGAGAAAAUUGAUUAUUUUCCAAGUGAAAAAUUCAUGUUUAUGAAUAAUGAACAUUGUUGAUUCCCUGGUACGACGCAACGCUGGAUUCGAAUCGAUACGAGACUAUGACCUCGCAUUAUACCGACUAAAGUGCUACCAGGACGAUAUUUACCGAGGAAUAACUCCAAACACAGACGCCCCAGACUUCAAUCCAGAACCGCCAGUUUUCGCCUGUCGCUUUUGUCCGAAUCCAGGAUAUGAACAAAUUCUUGCUCUUGCUAAUGAGGAUGGGAAAAUUGCACUGCAGGAUAUAUUGGUCAAGGGAGAGGCCAAUCAAGCUCUUGAUGGUACACAAGCCCACUGCAACGCGAUCUUCGACAUAGCCUGGAUGCCGAACGAGCUGAAGCUCGUAACAGCCUCAGGAGACCAAACAGCGCGCCUCUGGGACGUCUCCACCCAGCAAAUAACCCAAGUAGACUGCUUCAGCGCUCACAGCCGCAGCGUGAAAACCGUAGUAUUCCGCCCCCAGGACAAAGCAGUGUUCGCGACAGGAGCCCGUGACGGAGCGAUAAUGCUCUGGGACAUCCGAGCCUCCCACAACGGCCAGCGUCGUCCCGACAACUGCAUCAUGAACGGUCACGUCAGUGGCACCAAGUCCCGACACCGAGGAACCGAGGAAUCCUCACGAACCCAGAGCAUAACAGGUCUCACCUUCCAGGACGACAUGACACUGAUCUCAGGUGCAGCUGGCGAUGGCUUGAUCAAAGUCUGGGAUCUACGAAAAAACUACUCAGUCCACAAGAAGGAGCCUCAGCCCAAGCACGUGAUGCAGUACACUGGAGGCAGUACAAGGAAUGGCUUCACCUCCCUCCUGGUUGAUCCAGCAGGAAUAACACUUUAUGCUUCCUGUAUGGACAACAACAUUUACGCCUACAACAUAUCCUCGUACAAUCCGAAACCCAUUGGGGAGUUCUAUGGCCACGAGAACUCGACAUUCUACGUGAAAACCUGCCUGAGUCCAGAUGGAAAAUACUUGGCUAGUGGAUCCAGUGACGAGCAGGCCUACAUCUGGAAGACGAGCAGGCCUGGUGGUCCCCUGGUGAAGCUCUCUGGACACACUAAGGAAGUGACGUGUGUUGCUUGGUGCAACAUGGGGGAAUUGAAGAUUGUCACGUGCUCUGACGACAGUUGCCACAGGAUCUGGAGGGUUGGGCUGGAGCACAAGAGUGAUAAUGAUGACAUUGAGAUUAUUGGGAGGGCAGAGAAGGUGGAUGUUAACUCCACGAGGCAGUCUGUCCUGGAGACGACACCGACGGUGUCCAAGAGGUGGAUAAGGCAGGCGCACACACCCACUGAUGGAACCCCAGGCUCUGACACUGGUCAGAGGAUUCAAAAUCUGAGUUCUGGGAAGAGAUCGAGGGCUCAGAUGCUGGCUGGGGGCUCCUGGACGGAUGGAAAGUUCAAGACUAUUCUUUCGCCCAUUGAGGAGAACCUGGAGCCACUUGCCAAGAGGGCUAAUGUUGAGAAUAGGAGUGCCAGGAGGCUUUUUAGUCCCUCGAGUUCGAAGGAUGCUGAGGCUGGACCUUCCUCUGAUAAAACUCCUUUCUCUCCUACUUUGAAUCUUCCUAAUUUUGUUAUUGAUGGAACUGCACCUCAUCUCGUUCAGAUGUCUCCGCAGAAGUGCAAGGAGAAUGUGGAUUGGCUGACGAAGAUCAGGAAGGAGCGGUUCGAGCAGAGGAGCAAGCCGGAGGAGAGGGUUCAGAGCCCAGGGGCACAGGUGACACCAGCCAGGAGGGGAACGAGGUCCAAGUCUGCUGAGCCCAGGAGGGUCAAGGGCCCCUCGGUUUCGUUGUUGAAUUUCUUCAGGGUGGGGAGGGAGUGCGAGAAGGACCUCUGUGGGGAGGGGAAUAAUGUUCGGUCGCAAAGACGAGAUUCUGUAGAUUAGGGGAGGGGAGUUCGGUGUGUUGAAUGGGUGUCAUACUUUUAAUUAGUUUAGGGUGAGAUUCAGGGAGAAUGAGACACUAGCUGAAUUCUCGUCGAGAGGGUAUUUUGGCAGGGAAUAAGAGAAACUGGACGAGUCAUUAAGGAAGUGGGGAAAGCAGAUAAGAUAAUUCCAAUUAGACUUUAAUGUUUACACUAGAGAUUGAAGGAAGAUGGCAAAAUUUCUAUGAUCAACUCCCUUUCCUUACGAAAUUCUGUAGAUUAGGAGAGGGAAGUUUGAUGUGUGGAAUGGGUGUCAUACUUUUAAUUAGUUUAGGGUGAGAUUCAGGGAGAAUGAAACACUAGCUGAAUACUCGUCGAGAGGGUAUUUUGGCAGGGAAUAAGAGAAAUGAAUACUCUUGAUGACAUCAUAGAAACUUGACGAGUCAUUAAGGAAGUGGGGAAAGUAGAUUAGAUAAUUCCAAUUAGACUUUAGUUUUCAUUCUAAAAGAUGAUGGGGGAUGGCAACAUUUGUAUGAUCGACUUUUCCGUGGCUUUGGUCCAACUGAAAUGAAAGUACUUAGGAUUUUUUCCCGAUUUGUGAAAAAAUCUGAUAUAUUCUGGUGAAUGUGAAAUUAUUGUGGUAAUGAUUGGUUUUAGGAGAACAUGUCAAAGGACCCUUUUUUAAAAUGUUGUCAACUUCAGAAUAGGUCUUUUGAAAUUUUCCCAUUAAACGACUCCUUCCCAAGAUAAUCACAUAAUUGUGGACCAGUUUUAAAAAAAUAGACGUUCAAAUAGUGGAAUUCUCUGAUCAUCGUUUCUGUAUGAGAGACUAAGAAAUGUGCAAAUGUUUUCUUGGGAUUUUUUUUAUACUCUAGUGCCACUGCCUUUUGGGUAGCCUCCAGUACAAUUUAUCGUGAAUGUGAAACGAGUGGAAUAUUAGUCGAGAGAAUUAUGGAGUAAAACUUUACGAAUGAAUUGAAAGUAGUUCGACAAAUAUUGAAAUGUCACGAAAGUUAACGAAAGUUAAUUUAUGAGAAAAUGUCAAGAGACUUUUUUGUCGGAAAGUCCCAUGUGAGAAAGAGAUAAUAUAAAGUAUAAUAAAAAUUCGGUUCAUUUCUGUACAAUUUUAUUGAAUAAUGUUGUUCGAAUUGAAAUGUUCAAUAGAAUAUCAAUCGAUCCUGAUUUUUUCAUACAACUUAUUCUAUUGGGACAGUUUCUAUAAGAAAUCGUCGAGGCAAACUUUCUUUAUUUUUUUACUUUUCUUUGAAAAACAGAAAGUAUCAUGAAAGAAUUGAAAAAAACAAUAUUAAUUUGAAAUAGAAAUCCAAUAAGAUUUGUUACCCGAAAAAAGUCUGAUGGAAUUUUCUCCUAAAAUAAUGAAAUGAAUACUCUUGAUGACAUCACAGAUUCGUUCAUCACUUCGAGGGCGUUUGUACAGGUCUCAGAAAUAUUUGCUUGCAGUUGCAAAUGACAAAAUUGAGGAUAUAGUGAGGCAAUACUCCACGACAUCAUUGAUAUCAAUUUAUCGUAUGUUAGAAGUGAGCGUUUAUAAUUGUUAUUCGGGUAUUGUUAGUAACCAUCCAGUGUCUUAGUGUUAGCAUUACGUAUUCUUUGUGAGUCUCCAUGGAAUCGGCCUUUUUACGAAAACGCUUUCAAUGCCUGUUAUCUAAGCAAAGUAUUUUUUACUCAGAUGUAAAUUAUUUUUUGUAAUUAAAUUUUUAUAUCCUUUGAAA